AUGACCGAACCGCGCAUGCGACUGCGGCACAAAGGCCAGCAGUUUCCAACAGCAGACCUGGAGGCCUACCUUGUCGCAUUCGGCGACGACCGUAACCCGCUUCCCGAAACCGUCAAGGUCCUGGACGAGAUAGUGACAGACUUCAUUAUAGAGACCUGCCAUGAAGCCGCCCAGAGCGCCGCAUACGCCCGGCGCGCGAAGAUCAAGGUUGACGACUUCAAGUUCAUGCUGCGUAAGGAUCCGAAGAAGCUUGGGCGUGUCACAGAGUUGCUCAACCUUGACAAGGAGCUGAAGAAGAAGAGGAAGGCGUUUGAUGUUGAGGAUGAUCAGCUGGGGAAGGAGAACGUGAAGGAGGAGAAGGCGGUGGAGAAGGCGGAGAGGAAAUCUAAGAAGGCUAGGUCGGAGAAGUGA